AUGCACCCGCCCGGCGCCCCGCUCGCCAUGGCCGAGGGCGCCUUCUCGCUGUCCGCUCAGGCGGCGCGGAGCCCCGGAGGGAACCCGUCGAGGCUGCACAGCAUCGAGGCCAUCCUGGGGUUCACCAAGGAGGACGGCCUGCUGGGCCCCUUCCCGCCCGACGGCAGCGCCGGCAGCGCCAAGGAGGCGGACAGGCGGGGUCCCCGGCACUGCGUCCCCAAGAUGCCCGGCGAGCCGCCGCCGGCCGAGCCCCAGGGCCGCGCCGAGCGCUUCCAAGAGCCGUACUGCCCCGGCAGCGCCAGCCCCGAGCUGCCCGCCGGCAGCGGCGGCGAGGGGAAGCCGUCGGACGAGGAGCAGCCCAAGAAGAAGCACCGGCGGAACCGCACCACCUUCACCACGUACCAGCUCCACGAGCUGGAGCGCGCCUUCGAGAAGUCCCACUACCCCGACGUGUACAGCCGCGAGGAGCUCGCCAUGAAGGUCAACCUCCCCGAGGUCCGCGUGCAGGUGUGGUUUCAGAACAGACGGGCCAAGUGGCGGCGGCAGGAGAAGCUGGAGGUGACCUCUAUGAAGCUGCAGGACUCGCCCAUCCUCUCCUUCAGCCGCUCACCGCAGGCAACACCCAUGGGUCCUCUCAGCAGCAACCUGCCCCUGGAGACGUGGCUCAGCCCGCCUGUGCCCAGCAGCACGGCCCUGCAGACCCUGCCCGGCUUCGUGGCCUCGCCGCAGAGCCUGCCCGGCAGCUACACGCCACCGCCCUUCCUGAACUCUCCGGCAGUGACCCAUGCGCUGCAGCCCCUGGGGGCCAUGGGGCCACCGCCGCCUUACCAGUGUGGGGCCUCCUUUGUGGACAAGUUCCCCUUGGAUGAGGCAGACCCGCGCAACACCAGCAUUGCCGCCUUGCGGAUGAAGGCCAAGGAGCACAUCCAGUCCAUCGGCAAACCCUGGCAGACAAUCUGA